AACUUGCAGAUGGGAAAGUUCAGAUAUGAUAUGCUCAUAUGAAAUGGGCUACUUAGUUUUGAAAUUUUAAAAUGACAUAUUGUUGAUUAUUUGUGAUAGUGUUUAUUGUAUUGAAGUGAACUUUCAUGAUAUAAUAACUGAAAUUUGAUUUUUAAAUCAUCAAGAUACCAAGAUGUCUGCCUCUGCUAUAUAUUUGCUCGACCUUAAGGGUAAGGUCUUAAUUUCUAGAAACUAUCGAGGAGAUAUAGAUAUGUCAGCUGUUGAUAAGUUUAUGCCUUUACUGAUGGAAAAGGAAGAAGAAGGUUGUAUCACCCCAAUAUUAACUCACAAUGGUGUGACUUUCAUGUAUAUUAAGUAUAACAAUUUGUAUCUUGUGGCGACAUCUAAGAAAAAUGCAAAUGUUGCUUUGGUAUUUGUAUUUCUGCAUAAAAUUGUGCAGGUUUUCAUCGAAUACUUUAAGGAGCUUGAAGAAGAGAGUAUUAGAGAUAAUUUCGUUAUAAUUUAUGAGCUAUUAGAUGAACUUAUGGAUUUUGGCUAUCCACAAACUACAGAUAGUAAGAUUUUGCAAGAAUUUAUAACCCAAGAGAGUCACAAAAUGGAGGCCCAACCUCGCCCACCUAUGGCUGUUACCAAUGCAGUAUCUUGGAGGUCAGAAGGCAUUAAGUACCGCAAGAAUGAAGUCUUCUUGGAUGUCAUAGAGUCUGUCAACCUUUUGGCGAAUGCUAAUGGGAAUGUUUUACGAAGUGAAAUUGUUGGCUGCAUCAAAAUGCGAGUUUAUCUCUCUGGUAUGCCUGAGUUGCGUCUGGGACUGAACGACAAAGUUCUAUUUGAAAGUACUGGUCGUGGUAAGAGCAAAUCUGUUGAAUUGGAGGAUGUGAAAUUCCACCAGUGUGUGCGGCUGUCCAGGUUUGAAAAUGAUCGCACUAUUUCCUUCAUUCCUCCUGAUGGCGAAUUUGAAUUGAUGUCUUACCGGUUAAAUACUCAUGUUAAGCCAUUGAUAUGGAUCGAGUCAGUGAUUGAGCGCCAUGCUCAUAGUCGUGUGGAAUAUAUGGUAAAAGCAAAAAGCCAGUUUAAACGACGUUCCACUGCAAAUAAUGUUGAAAUAAUCAUUCCAGUACCAACUGAUGCAGACUCACCUAAGUUUAAAACCACUGUUGGCAAUGUAAAAUAUGCCCCUGAAUCGAGUGCCAUAAUCUGGAGUGUGAAAUCUUUCCCUGGUGGUAAAGAAUAUCUGAUGAGAGCUCAUUUUGGCCUUCCCAGUGUUGAAAGCGAAGAGUCUGAAGGAAAACCACCGAUACAAGUUAAAUUUGAAAUUCCAUAUUUUACCACCUCUGGUAUUCAAGUUCGCUAUCUUAAAAUUAUUGAAAAAAGUGGUUAUCAAGCUCUGCCUUGGGUUAGAUACAUUACUCAAAACGGCGAUUAUCAGUUAAGAACUCAUUGAUUUUAUGCAUGUUGUGCUAUUAGGUCCUAUUAUGUUUGGUGAACCUUACAAGGGUAAAAACAGAGUUUAAAUUAUGAUUUUAUUAUAAUUUGUGAGAUAACCAAAAACUUUAUAAUAUUUUUCUAUUAAUUAAAAUAGAUUGUACAAGGUUCAUUGUAGCAAAUUUAGUUCGCUCUUCCAGCUUGAUUAAAAAUAUGUUGAUAAAGCACAUCUCUUUUUAAAUACAUGUAAACUGUAGGGUACUUAAUGUUUUAAAGAAAUUCCAUAUAAUUAGCUGUUGUAUGAUAUUUGUUUUUGUAAAAUAAAGAAUAUUUAUCUCCCUGUUUGGAUAAAUUGUGUUUCUUUGGCAGAUCUAGUAAUGUUAGCAACCUACACUGUUAAUAAUUUUCGUGGUUUUUCAUAAGAAAAAUGGAUAGAUUUGUUGAAACAUCACAAGGUAAGGAAAUGGUUUUAAAAGAAUUUUUCUCUUUAUUGGUUGUUACACUUUAAAUUGAAAAAGUUUUGCUCCCAAUUCAAUUAAUAUGAAAUUUAAUUCAUAGGUGCCAACAGCUGACUAGUUUUGAGUUCUAAGUUAAUUGAGCCAUCUCAGUUCAGAUUCAGAAAUUAAAUACUAUAAUAUAUAAAUAUUGGGACAAACUGAAUAUCUUGUUUGAUAAUAUCUUGUAAAAAGAAAUCAAACAUAUUAUUGUGGUAUAUUUGUGUGACAGGUAAAGAUUUUGUUUGAUAGUGAAAUUAUUCUAUUUUUUAUCACAUAUUUGUAAAUUACGAGCCAAUAAAACGGCUAACCAACAUGAUCUUGUUAAAAUCUGGCUUAUUAAAAAAGUUUCUUCACGUGUUUGAAAG